AUGUCAACAACCGAACAUCCUCCUGGGGAGGAUGAGCCCGUCAGGAAUCCCCCCUCCACCGUGACGAGGCCACAUACGCCUUCCGCUCCAAGCGGGUCCAUGAUUACUCUGGACGGCUACUUUGACGUUGAGACGCAGAAUCAUUACACCUUCAACAUGGGUCUGCAGUACGAUUCGGACGAUGAUGUGGAUACCAUCCUUGAAUACGCCGACCUGAUUGGACGUUGCAAAAACCCAAUCUCCAGAGAUGAAUACCGUGAAGUCGAACUAUUGCCUGACUCGACCGGAGAGUUGCAGUUUGUCCAGGUGCCUCCAUCACCACCGGCUGACAGUCAACCGGGUCACAAUGCCUCGACCCUCAGCGCUGAUCUCGAAGAAAACGAGUCACGCAUAGCUACGAUAUCGCGAAGAAUAACGAAUAGGCUAUUGUGCAUACCGAGGGAGAUGCUUACAAGACACCACGGAAAAGCAGACAGGAUGCAAAGGAGAUUGACGGCGAGCUGUUUUAAGUCGAGUAAACUGGUCCGCGACCUGGAGUACGCUCGCCAGCGAGCUCCGAGUGAUGGAAGCUUAUGGCAGAUGACACUUGAUUUCAGGGAGGAGUUGACCGGUCUAUUCCAGCGGACAUUGCGGAAGCUUCAAGAGUUAGAGCGUCUCCUGGAUGGUCUCUUGGAUGAGUCAAUUCAAAUACCCUCAGUGGCAGAAGAAAACCUCGAACGUACAAAGAACUGGAUAAACACCAUGAAGCAUGGGGGAGCUGAAUUGAAAGCGCACGAGAAACGCAUGCGGGAUCGGAUUGUUGGUGUCCUUGCAACACUCGAUGCUGAUUCACCGUCAAAUUCUCAACGCGCUCUCGACUCUCCAGAUAUACGGAACCGACCACGGUCAUUGAAGCGAAAAGACGCUGCGAGUGGAAGCCAGGCAGCUCAACUUGCACUAAAACGAAAGAACCCUUUCACUCGGAGUCGCUUCUGGGAUACUGCUGAACACUGUAACGCCCGUCAACCACAGUCCGCACCGUCCCAGGCAAUGGUAGCCGGAAGUAGUUUGCAUUCCAAUGAGUACGCCUACCUCGGUCAAUUUCCAUGGGAGCGGCAGCCUGCUGAGGAAAACCUAGGACUCGGCUCUUUUCUUUCUGGCUUGGAUCCGUCUCAGGGGAGGUAUCAGCGACCUUCUCAAUCAGAAUUACAUCCCAGUGGUUUCUUCAACCCCAGUCUUCCCCGAGCGAACCAGCAUACGUUUUCACUUGAUCCGUACUCCCACGUAGCGGAUACAACUCAGAAGUCUGCGCGGGGGAGCGUGUACGGCACGGCUAGUAGCUUUCAAGCUUUUGUCGAACCAGCGCGUCCGAUGCCAGUAUCGCAGCCCUCGUUGAUUCAGCAGCAGCCGCAGCAGCGGCAGCAGCAGCAGCAGCAGCGGGAUGUGGUGAUGAUUGAGGACGGUGAUAGUGAUGACCUGCCCUUGAUCAUGAGACGGCAAAGGCGGAAUCAGACAGGGAAUCCAGCGUCUAGUAUGCCACUGGGACACCAGGAUCGGAGUGGAGGGUAG